AUGCGGCGGGCGCGGAGCGCGCUGCCGGCCCAGCUGCCGGCGGCGGAGGCGGAGGAGGGGCUGCAGCGCCUGGCGCGGUUCCUGGCGCGCGCGUUGCCGCUGUGCCGCGCCCACACGACGGAGUUCUACGCGCGCGGGCUGUGGGAGCAGCUGGUGGCGGCGCGCCCCGAGGUCGUGCUGCAGGCGCUGCGGCGCCCCCUGCCGGAGGCCGCCGGCGCCGCGGCCGUGCGGUGGGAUGACGACAGAUUUUCUGACGUGUUUUGUGAAAACUCCAACAAACUUAUCAACGUACACUUAUUUGCCCUGGCUGCCAAGCAUUAUUCUUUGCCUAACCUUGGAGUGUGUACCCCAUUAGAAGAGAUACUUGAGGCGCUGAGAGGAGACAGCCAAGGAGCAAGUGGUAUCAAAACUGAUGAGUUUAUGAAUAAUAAGAAAUCGCAUGAAGUACAAGCAAUGUCAGAGCUGGUAGACAAAAUAGCAAAGUAUUGUGGUUUAAAGCAGGUGAUUGAUAUAGGUUCUGGAAAGGGCUACCUGAGUUCAUUUUUGUCUAUGCAAUAUAACUUAAAAGUUUAUGGAAUCGAUUCAUCGAAAACCAAUACUAACGGUGCUCAUGAAAGGAACAGGAAAUUGAAGAAACACUGGAAAACUUAUCAGAGUCGAGCAAGAGCCAAUUCUGAAACCCAGAGGCUGGAAAAGCCAAUAAAAAAUGAAAUAAAAUGUAAAGCUAUCAAUGAAAAGCCCUUAAGUAAUAACAGCAGUCUUCAAAGUCAAGACCAAGGGACUACCCAGGACUUAGUUCCUUCUUGUGUUUUCACAGAAGUAGCUGUAUCUGAGACCAGCAAACAAACUGAGAUCAAUUUGGCUCAGGCACAGUCUGAUGAGAGCAAGCUUUCUGAAGAGGCUCUUGCUGUUCUCAGUGUUCUGCCUGCUGAUGCUGUAGAAGUUUUUUCUUCAUCCCACUGUAACUAUGGGGAAGUCUGUGAAGAGGAAAAAGCACGAAGAAAAAUGGCAUUUAUCAAGGCUAAAGAGAGCAAGUCAAGUGAAUCAAACCUUUAUUUUCCAUUGACCUCCUACAUCAGCGCAGAAACAGAACUCAGUGACAUCAUAACAGAUUUGGAGGACUGUAUAAUGGUUGGUCUGCAUACAUGUGGUGACCUUGCUGCAAACACACUACGAAUUUUUACUGCCAAGCCUGAAAUCAAAGCAGUUUGCAGUGUAGGCUGCUGCUACCAUCUGUUGUCAGAACAGUAUGAAAACCAAGAAGAUUGCACAGAGGAAGUGUGGGGAUUUCCCAUGUGUCGGUACUUGAAGGACAAGGGCUGGUGCUGCGGUCGCAAUGCUAGAAUGUCAGCAUGCUUGGCUUUGGAGCGAGUUGCAGUUGGCCAAAUGCUGCCUACUGAAUCGUUGUUUUAUCGAGCUGUUCUUCAGGUUAUUAUAGAAGAAAUUUAUGGUGUCACCAAAAGUGAUCGACAUGUUGGAAAAAUUUUCUCCAAAUCAUCCUCCUUCUUAGAUUAUGUCAGAAAGUCUCUGAAAAAACUGGAACUGGAUGAUUCAAAGCUCCCAGACAGCUGUAUAAUGGAUUACUAUGAAAAAUACAAGCACAGAAUGAAUGAGCUUGAAGCAUUUAAUAUGCUAAAGGUUGUGCUAGCUCCCUGCAUAGAAGUUUUGAUACUUCUGGAUCGUCUUUGCUACCUCAAGGAGCAGAGCAACAUAGCCUGGUCAGGACUUGUGAAGUUAUUUGAUCCUGUGAAAUCCCCCAGAUGCUGUGCAGUUAUUGCUCUGAAGAAACAGUCGUGUCUUUAAGUGGAAGCAAACUGCAGAUGGGUUGAAAGCUCUGAACUGAUACUGCUAUUUCCUCACUGUUCUUUUUAAUUGAUUCCUCAAGUAUACUGAUACGUUUGGCAACUAUUUACUUUUCAGAUGCAAAAAUAAUAAAUGCAAUGCCUCUGUGAAUCAUAAGAAAUAAAUUGUGAACUGUACCUCUUUUAUAAAUACCACUGCUUCCUCAUGUCAGUUAUUAAGUAAUGCAGAACAUAUGAUUUUCUUGUAAAAGUUAUGACCUGUAUUAUGUGAUUAGCAUUUUAAAAUAAUUUUAAUGUUUUGUCUUUUUAAGGUACUGUUCUUAUCUAUUGAUGUCCCUCCUGUUGGUAUUUUUAAUUUCAAGAUUAUUCUUCCAUAGAAAUUUUGAAUUUUUCCAAUGGAUGACAUCAACAAUCUUAGGCAAGCCUAGCUUUUUUCUUUUCUGGAUUCAGAUCACACAUAGUUUAAACAGAAAAUUAAUCUGUGUUAUAGACAAGAAGCGUGUAGACUAAGUAAGUCUUUGUACUUCCCUGCUCUCCAAGUGAACUAAAGCAGCUUACUAUAGAGCAACCCUGAAGAGUCUAGAACCUUCUAAGACUAAGUACUAAAUACCCACAAAAGGGGGUUUUAUAUUAAUCUCUUCUUCCUUCAGGUGUGUUCCUGACAUGUCUUGCUUGCCAGUGACUCUGAAAGAAACAACUGACUGUGAUGUAAUCCAUUGUAUCCCAGUAUUAAAUAAUCAGCUGCCCUGCUGGAUUUACUCUAAUCCUUGGGUUUUAUCAGUAAGCUAUUAACUGGCCCAAAUGUGUUAGGUAUAAGUAUAAAAAUUUUGGUGCCUAAAUUACUUGAAACUUUCUAGGUAGUUUCUGCUUGGCCAUACUGACUUUAUGCGUGAGAAAUUUAUUUGUUGAUGUGCUCAUCUCAAUGGGUUGCCUCCUUAAACAUGCAGAUAUACUAUCAAUUAAAAAAAGAGAAAAGUUUUGA